UUGGCCCGUGACGCCGCUUGUACACGUAGCCUAGUAGGAUGUGUUCAUUGAAGAUGGUGGCGGUGUGUCAGACCGACUGUCCUGCACAUUUCUUUGCCUGACUUCAGUCUCUUCGGUGACAUCUACUAGAGUGACCUGGUCCCCGGACCCGUUAGCUCUGCAGACAUGCAGCCCCCUCCUCGGACUGGACCUCCAGGAGCCUCUGGGCCUCCUCCUUCUGGGCCCAAUAUGUUCCGCAGGCCCAGGCCUCACAAGCAUCCAGCAGCGGCUACGGCCACGAUGCCGCCUGCUACUCAACCCAUGACAAACCCUUUCGCUUUUGUUAGAGCUCCUCCCCCCAUGGCUGCAGGUGGUCCCCCGGCAAUACCCAACAGCAACCCUCCGCCAAUGCAAGCCCCACCUAACACCAUGUACUCUCAAGCUGGCUCGGGGAUGCCUCCGCAACCACAUACACCGGAGGACGCCACAGCUGCUCCCCCCGGCCCACCACAGUCGUCUCUGCCAGGGGUGACGCUGUUCAACCCUCACAGCGUAGCAUCCCCCGGUGUCUUCCAAGCAGCCGGUCCAGCAGGAUAUGCACCCCCUCAUAGUGAACAGGGCUAUUUUAAUUCAAGAGAACAAACACCAUCCGCGGCCGCAGAGCCACCGCACGUGGCCUCGCCUCCGGCACCGUGUCUGACGCCUUUUAACCAGGAUUUUCAAGGACAGCCUCCUCCUCAGCCUGUGCACUUCCAGCCUGUGCCUCCCCCCACCUCCUCCUCCCAGUGGGUCCCUGAUCAUGGAAGUCGUCCUCCAUCAGUUCAGAACUAUUUCCAACCUACUAGUGACCCUCCACCACAGCCUUUUAAUUUACCGCCGCAGACCCCGAUGUACCCUUCCCACACCCCAUCGCCCCAUCACAACACCCCCACCCCUCCAACACAACCUGGUCAUUCCCAGAACCAGGCUCCUCUUCCUCUCCAGAACCCUGGAAAGGUCCCUAGUUCUCAAUGGCCUGACCCAAAUGCACCCCAGCAUCAUAAUUCCCACUUCCAGGGCUACUUCAGUCAGAGCUCUACCCCCCAGGACUGGUUCAACCAGCCUCCACAGGACUCAGGCUACCACCAAAUGGGGACUGGUCUGGUCCAUCCUCAGCCCCUGCCUGACUCUGCUGGAUCUCAACCUGUGUCCAACCCUGGGCCUGGGCCCAGUUCUGCGUCCGCCUCAGUCCCAUACUCUCAGGAGUCUGGUACACUCUCAAUGUUCUUCAAAGACAAUGACGUGGAAAAUGAAGAAACACUGGCUGGAGAGAGAAACAAGGCAGUGAACGGUAGUCCUGGAUCCUUUCAGCAUCACAGCAGUCCACAAGCCCACGGUGGACACGCAGAUGUUCCACUGGAUUACCAAGGACCUUCUGUGCAAGAUCAUUCACACCUACCAUACAUGAACGAUGGCAACCACCAUGCAUCACAGGGAGUCGCCCAGAAUCCCCCUGAUUCCCAGUACGACCACGUGGAGAAUUUGGAUGUUCCGAACCAGGAAGUAUUACCGAAUGAAACCCACGGCAGCCCCGCUGCAGCUGCUGCUGCCGUUACUGCAGCGCAUGGAGCAGACCAGUUUGAAACCGGGCCUAACCUGGAGACUCCUGACUCUAUUCCAAGACCAAUGAGAUCUGCCAGUGUGUCAUCCAACUACAGCAAUAUGAGCCAUGGAAGUGGAACCGGCAGUCGUCGGCAUCAGGGAGUAGUAGGUACCUUCAUUCAGCAGGAAAGUCCACGUCUCACUGAUGAAGCCAACCUGCCUGCUGCCACCGGAGGUUACUUUGAGCAGAUUGACACUUCUCCAGCUGCAGAUAUGGGUGCGCGACAGACCUCCCUGGAGCAGACGUGGCCUCCCACACCUAGUCCUCCCAAACCUACUGGUAUCUUCCAGGCCAGCGCUAACAGCUCUUUUGAACCCGUGCGCUCACAUGGGGUUGGGGUGCGUCCUCCUGAAGUUGAUAGGGCUAACAUGGUAGCAGAAGGGGUUGCAGAUUCUGCGUCUGGCAACCUGGAGCAGCCACCAGAUAACAUGGAAAAUAUCUAUGGUCCGGGGCACCCCCUACCUGCCGUAGCUGGAGGUGGUGUGCCUCACCUGACACACCCCGUGGUUCAUUCUCACUCUCGACCUUCAUCGCGUGCUUUUGGGGCCAGUCGGCCGUGUGAGAGCCCUGCCACUACUCUGUGGGCUCAGAAUGAUCCUGCUAGCUUAGGGGCUAACAUCCUCCUAGCCCCUGCCGCCCCGACCGUUCUUGCCCCUUUACGAGAGCCCAGUGCUGAUGUCAUCCAGCCUCCAGAGGAUGGCCCUCUGGACCUGCAGCCCCCCCAGAGAAUCCAGCCGACUUCACAGCAACAUUUAGAGAAUCUAGAGAACCCACCAAAGGUGAGUGAGGCAGGGCCAGCCGACUCUCAAGGCAACCUCGGCUAUGCGUCUCUCCUUGUGUCCGACUCACUCCACCAGCCUGUUUUGAUUGCCCCGCCAGUGUCCAAUUACAGUGUGAUUCCCCCCAGUGCCCCUGCUCAAGCACCCAGUCUAAGUAGGGAAUCUACCCCACCUGUGAGGUCGCUCGCACAGGGGCAGGGUGCCAGUGCCUCCCAACCACCUGCAAUAACAUCUAAUCAAAAUCCACAGUUUGUCCCUGGACCAGUAAGCUUCAGUUCUUCAGUCUGUUACCAGGGCCCGCUCAAUCUGACCAGAGAUAACCCAGAAGCAGCAGUGUCAGACAUCGCAGCUCCACCACAGUCUCAGCCAGCCCGCCCUCCUCUUUCAAGGGGCCAAUCAUUGGGUGGAGACGGCCACUCUGCUCUCCAAGCUAAUCCACAGGCUUCGCUCAUGACUGCUUCUGUCUCUAAUCAUAAUCAGCCAUCAAAUUAUGAACUGCUUGAUUUUUCUAUGCACCAAUCACAAGCCCAAAAUCAUCCAGCAUCUGGCCAUCCUUCCUCUCUACAUGAGUCUCUACAAUCUAGUAAUGGAUUUUACCUACAGGUCACCAAAGAUGCUCAGCAGGGGUUAAGAGCAAAAGGAGAUCCCUCUGUCCAGACCCCUGCCUCUCCAUCUACCCCGCAGGUACCCCUAACACCCUCCCAAGCAGCUGCAAACACCCAGCCGCCACCAGCUGAACCUUCUAAGACAUCAGGUUCUCAGGCUGCACUGCAGGGACAAAAUGUUGCUCCUCCUGUUGCAAUGAGUGCAGCACAACCCUCCAGUGGCCAGUAUCCAACUCCAGCACAGGGGUCUGCUGCAGGGAGUGCCCCUCCUCCUCCUGCUGCUGCUGCAUACCCUCCUGGGCCUCGAGGACCAGUACCUCCAGGAGCUUCCCAGCCAGCUCCUGCAGAGCCACCUCGACCACCCUCCGCUGCAGGCAGCCAGCAAGGCUAUGGGCCGCCUGCUCCAGUGCCAGGGCAGGUGUAUGGAGGCUAUUAUGGUAAUUAUGGAGAAUACCCGGAUAGCAGAGCACCAUAUCCUCCUGGCCAGUACCCACCUCCACCUGGGGAUCCUAGGGCACAGCAAUAUUAUCAAGAUGGUCAGUACAGGAGCAGAACAGAUCCUUGGUAUGGCAGAUAUGAAGGACAGCCCCCAGUUUAUCGUGAUCCAAACUACCAGUACAGAGAGCCUCAGCCAGACCGACCCAGCUCAAGGGCCAGUCAAUACUCUGACAGGCCCUCAUCCAGGCAAGGCUAUCCUGAGGAUUACCACAAAGCAAACCGAAGUGCCUAUAAUGAAUAUUAUGCAGACUACACCAAGCACUAUGAUUAUGGAGCAUACAACUAUGGGCAGUAUGACCCGCGGUACAGAGGAUACUAUGAUCAGUCGUACUGGUCUAAUUACGAUGAAAGCUACAGAGCCAGAGACCCCUACUAUAAUCAACAGAUGUAUCCUCCUGCCAGGAAAGAGGGCUAUGAUGAUCAGUGGCGUUACUACCCUGGUUAUGAUGCCAGUUUUGAUGACGAUUACCGUCGUCGUGGAGAAACGUACGGUGAUGACUUUGACCGGCGCAGUGUUCACAGCGAGCAGUCGGCACAUAGUGUGCACAGCUCUAACAGCCACAACAGCAGACGAAGCAGCUUCAGCUCACGGUCACAACAGAGCCAGGUUUACAGAAGCCAGCCUGACUUGGUGUCAGCAGUCUACGACACCACAGCAUCCACUUUGGCUGUGGACUACUCAUAUGGACAGUACCCAAACCAGACUGAUGCUUCCCAGAACUACAGCCAGUAUCUCUAUCCCUCCGAAUACACUGCAGACAGCACCUGGAUCGCCCCUGAGCAACCUCCUCCUCGUCCUGCAACCCCAGAGAAGUUCACUAUACCCCACCGUUGUGCCCGCUUUGGACCUGGUGGUCAUCUGGUCCAAGUUAUGCCCAAUCUCCCUUCAGCUGGACAGCCUGCUCUCGUUGAUAUCUACAACAUGGAGACCAUGCUCCAGGAUACCCGGGAUCAGACAGAACUACGAGCCUUCCCUGGCCCUCUUGUUAAGGAGGAGACCCAUAAGGUUGACGUGAUAAAGUUCUCCCAGAAUAAAGCGCUGGAGUGUUCUCGAGACAACAACCUCCUGGACAGGGACUCUGCCCGUCUGCUCUGGGACUUCAUUAUGCUGCUCUGUAGACAGAACGGGACUGUGGUUGGCACAGACAUCGCUGACCUCUUGCUGAAGGAGCACCGCUCUGUCUGGCUACCGGGCAAAAGUCCUAACGAAGCAAACUUGAUAGAUUUUAACAAUGAGCCGCUGGCACGAGCUGAGGAAGAGCCCGGAGCUGGACCACUAUCGCUCCUUUCGGACACCUUCAUGACUGUCCCAGAGAACGUUGGCAAGGAAACGGAACGCUUCAGGGAGCUGCUGCUGUUUGGCCGCAAGAAGGAUGCACUAGAAGCAGCUAUGAAGGGAGGCCUGUGGGGCCACGCCCUGCUGUUGGCCAGUAAAAUGGAUAACAGGACACAUGCACGUGUCAUGACAAGGUUUGCCAACAGUUUGCCCAUCAAUGACCCUCUCCAGACAGUGUACCAGCUGAUGUCGGGGAGGAUGCCUGCAUCAGCCACUUGCUGCGGAGAGGAGAAGUGGGGUGACUGGCGCCCUCACAUGGCCAUGGUGCUGUCUAACCUCACACACACAUUGGACCUGGAUACUCGCACAAUCACCACCAUGGGUGACACUCUCGCUUCCAAGGGCCUGAUUGAUGCUGCACACUUCUGCUACUUGAUGGCCCAAGUUGGUCUUGGAUUUUUCACAAAGAAGAGCACCAAGAUGGUUCUGAUUGGCGCCAACCACAGUUUGCCCUUUUACCAAUUUGCGACCAAUGAAGCCAUUCAGAGGACUGAGGCCUAUGAGUAUGCUCAAUCUCUGGGCUCCCAGCCGUGCACACUACCCAAUUUCCAGGUGUUCAAGCUGAUCUAUGCAUGCCGCUUGGCUGAAGCAGGCCUGUGUGCUCAGGCCUUCCACUACUGUGAAGUUAUCUCUCGGACUGUCCUCAUGCAGCCUGCCUACUACUCCCCUGUUUUCAUAAGCCAAAUCAUACAGAUGUCUGAAAAGCUGCGAUUCUUUGACCCACAACUGAAGGAGAAGCCAGAGCAGGAGUUGUUCAAUGAGCCUGAAUGGCUGAUCCACCUGAGACAGCUGGACGGACAGAUCAGGACGGGGGUGAUCACAUACAAUGAAGACAGAACAACUCCUACACAGUACGAAUGCAGCAGUCCCAGCUCUGAGUUGGACCAGCCCAGUCCAUCUGAACCUUACAGCAUUCCUGGGGAGUUGGAUGGUCCACCGACUGACAACCCACUCAUGAGCUCAUUAAUGCCUGGGCCUCCACCACAGGGAGUACAGCUGAUGCCUCCAGCUCCCACCUCCAUCCUCCAAGAUGGCAUGGCCCCUCCUCAGCCUUUACCCUCCAAUGAUGUGCCCCAGUUCUACCCAGUGCCCCCCACUGGACCACCAGGCCAGAUCCCCAUCUCAGGCUACCCUCCACAGGAUCCUGGCUUUGCCCCUCCUCCCUUCCAGCCUCAACCUGAGCAGUCAGAAAUGUAUCCAGGAGCCCAUCAGCAGCCGAGCCAAAUGUCACCACACAUGACCCCUCAGAUGCCGCAUUCACCUGUACAGAUGAAUCACCCGCCACCCCAGAUGCCUCAGCACAUGCCUCAACACAUGCCUCAGCACAUGCCUCAGCACAUGUCUCAGCACAUGCCCCCUUCUCCCGGGCAUAUGCCACCCAUGGAGCAAAUGUCCCAGGCCCCGCCAGAGAUGAACAUUGGUCAACCAAUAUCAUCCUCCCCACCCAGAAGCUCCUUCACACCGAAGAUGGACUUCUAUGACCAAAUGGCUCACAUGGGUCCUGGGAGGAGAUCAAGGACUACUUCACAAUCUUCAAUGCAUAUGCCUUCAGGACGUCGCUCGCGCACCACCUCUGAAUCCUCCACUCACUCUGGUGGAAGAGAGCGGAGCAACUCGGCUGUCAAACAGGUCUCUCCACCUCCGCCCUCUAUUCCUGAACAGCCCCACAAAGAGGAGCCCAAGAAAGUCAAGAAGGACUCCCCGAAAAAGGGUGGUGGUGGUAGCUGGCUAAGCUGGAUCUAUAGGAAAGGGAAGAAUGAGGCUCACUUGCCAGAUGAUAAAAACAAAUCUAUUGUGUGGGAUGAACAGAAACAGAAAUGGGUCGAUUUGAACGAGCCUGAAGAGGAGAGUAAACCCCCUCCACCGCCUCCCUCUGGCUUCCCCAUGAUGCCCGGCCCUGUAGGGCCUGCCGCACCCCCGAGUGGUGGUCCUCCUGUCAACAUGUUCUCCAGGAAAGCAGGCACGAGGAGCAGAUAUGUGGAUGUUCUGAACCCCAGCAGAACUGCUAAACCAGGUGGAUUAGCCCCUGCUCCUGCAGACAUCUUUGCUCCUUUGGCACCAAUGCCCAUGCCCACAAACCUAUUUGUGCCUAGUUCAGCUCCUGACGAUCAACAACCUCUAGAGGGCAGUGAAGGAGGAAAUCUGGAGCAGAAUUCACCAAACACCAGCGCUGGUCCACAGAUGUUCAGCCCAACAUUGUUACCACCUGCCCCAGAGGGUCCUCCUGUGCCUGAUGGCUCACAGUCUGGAGAGCUCUCACGUUCUAGCUCAAUGAGUUCUUUAUCACGCGAAGUGAGUCAGCAUUUAAACCAGACUCAUCCUGCCCAGGUAGCCGCACCUGCUGGAGGCGUCACCUUUUAUAACCCUGCACAGUUUGCACAGACAAGUGCACCAUCAGGAGGCGGACACCGCCCUGGUCGCUUGGGCGGUCAGCGCCAGUACCCAGUGUUGAAGUAAACCUCAUCUUGCAGAGAGAUUGUGUGAACAGACUUGUUGGAAAGAGUGAUAUACUACCUGGAAGUAAAUGAAGCACAUGGACAUACUGCUCUCUGUCUAAAGGACCCUUGUUUUUUUUGCCUGCACCUAAGAGCAUAAUCACAGUCUCCAUGUUGUCAGUCUUUGUCCAACAGCUUAACCACUUUUUCAUCUUUUUCUUUGGUUCAUUAGAUUUCACUGGUGUAGUUUUAACAGGCACAGUGUUUUCUUGAAGGGCUUUAUCCUGCAUCCAAACAGAAAAUGGGUUUUAACACACGUAAAAAGUUUAUCUACAGAUGCAUUCAUGUAUGUUCAUGCAGGCAUAGUUUAGUGUACAAUAAAUAAUGUUGCUCCUCUAAGCUGUCCAGCUUCUCCUCACAUAUAACACUGUUAACAGAAUGAUCAUCCCAGGUCCUGUUUUAGGUUUACUUUCGUGUCUAUAGUCCAAAUGUCCAUGUUUGAUUGAUUGAUUGACUGAUUGUAUGUGUGGUGGGUAGAAAGAAAAUGGCACCUUUUUCAUUUCCUAUUGUGGACGUAUGUGCAUUUGCAGCUCUUCAGUGGUGUUCUGUCAACUGGAGGUAGCAAUUUGUGUGAGAAUGAAUGGUGUCAAUAGUGCAUUGUCUGCUGUGUUGUUUGCUUCUCCUCAGUCGCCCUCCAGCAAAGGAAGGAAUGUUGGAUGACAGGAAAGAGACUCAUACUAGCCUCACAUCCUGAGAGGUGGAGAGAGUGCAUUGUUAGGAUGCCGCCGUUUCAGAUAUUUAUUUAAAUGUCCUCCCCUGCCCAUCUGCAACUCUUGACUUUAAAGAUGUGUCGGGGUCUUUCGUCCAAGUUAGGCUUCAGUUUCUCCUGAGAAAUUUCACAAUUUCACUGAAACAAGGGGCGGUCUUCAGAACAGCAAGAAUUGGGAUUAAAACUGCAUUUUAAAUGUUGCUAAAAAUGAAUCUAUCCAAAUAUUUGUAUAUCAGAUUGAUUGUAUUUAUGAGCUUUAGGCAUAAAGGUGUGCUUGUGUGUGUGUGGAGAUUAACUAAUUUUUCCUGAUUAGCUUUUAAGAAAUGCAUUUAUGAUUCACCAGAGAUGAUGUGGAUUCCUAUUCUUAUCAUUUGUUUUGACCGCUUCUGCAGACAAAUAAAACUUUAUCUAAAUCGUGAAA